CUGUUUUUCUUUUGUCUUAGAAUUCAGUUGCUUGCUCGAUCUUUCUCUGUCUCCAGGCAUGAUACUUGACUUUGUCACCAACUUCAUCCUCCCCCCUAUUAUAGAGGCGUUGGGUGGCGAAGCAAUUUCGCGUGCUUAUAGAUGGUGGACAGCUUCAGAUUCCUCUGAUCAUGAGGCGCAGCUGACGAAACUUAGAGACUCCCUCAAGAUUAUCCAAUCUAUGAUCAAUGAUGCAGAGCGAAAACAGGGAAAAGAAAGUGAUGAUCCUGCAAGGCUCUGGUUACAACAUCUCCAAAGGCUAGCUUAUGAUGUUGAGGAUGUGGUGGAUGAGUGUGAUUAUGAGCAUCUUUGCUGCCGUGUUGAGACUCUUGGGGAGAAGAAGAGGAAAAGGAGUUCAUUCACUUCUGAUAUUGUUGACAAAAUAAAAGAUAUUAAUGUCCGCUUUGAUGAAUUAAAAGAGUGUUCAUGUCUACUUAAUCUGGAGUCACGCGAAUUUCAUCCAACAGCCAUGCAAUUACCUAAGACAGACUCCCUGCUUGGUGAUUCAAAAGUUUUUGGAAGGGGAGAUGAUAUUAAGAGAAUUCUUGACAUGCUGGAUGACUUGAGGGAGAAACAAUAUCUAGUCUCUGGCGUUUCAAUAGUUGGCAUGGGGGGCCUUGGAAAGACAACAGUAGCAAGAUCAAUAUACAAUAAGGCAAAGGAAGAAAAGCGCUAUGAUCUAGUAGUGUGGGUGUGUGUCUCUGAAGACCUCAAUGAGGAAACAAUUUUGAGAGAGAUGCAUGAACAUUUUAAGGGUGCUGUCCCUCCAAGCAGCACCAAUGUACUGGUUGAAGAUCUUGCAAAGGAUAAUCGUCUGUCAAGAAUUCUGAAGACAACUAGGAAUUCUAUUGUGGUGACAACUCAUGAUAAAGAGGUAGCGUCUGUGAUGAUGGAGAUGAAUCUUAUGCAAAAUUCCAUGCAAAUUUAUGAAAUGCAUAAGUUAUUAGAUGAGGAAUGUUGGUUAAUAAUUGAAGAGACAAUUCUCACUUCAUCCAAACAAACUUCAAUUUCUUCAAAUUUGAAAAGUAUUGGGGUGGAAAUUGCCAAGAAGUGUGGGGGCUUGCCAUUGGCUGCAACUAUCAUUGGAGGAACAUUAAGCCGUGAAAGUCAAACAAGUGAGUGGGAGGCUAUCAGAGAUAAUGAUGCAUGGAAUUUGAAUUCAAAAGAUGGAAACGGGAUUUUAUCUAUACUAAAAAUAAGUUUUGAUCGUUUGCCUCCUCCUUUGAAAAAAUGCUUCUCCUAUUGUUCAAUAUUUCCAAAGGAUUUCAUCAUUGAGAAGGAUGAUUUAGUUCAACUUUGGAUGGCUCAAGGUUAUCUUCACCAACCUAAUGAAAGUUCCAUGACAAUGGAAGAGAUUGGUGAUGCCUACUUUAAUUAUUUGCUGUCUAAUUCCUUAUUUCAAGAUGUGGAAAGGACAUCAUAUGGAGAUAUCAAAUAUUGCAAGAUACAUGAUGUGGUGCAUGAUUUAGCAUUGUCUGUUUCAAAAGAUGAAACUUUCAUACUAAAGACUAGUUGCAAGAUUGAUGAAAAUGCUAGUAUUCUACAUUUGAGAGUCAAGCAUGAUGCAAGUGAGCCUCCAAAUGUUCCAGCUAAUAUCCUUCGAAGGCUACGUUCUUUGUUCAUAGAAGAGAAGCUAUCAAAUAAUCCACCCAAAAGAUAUGAUGACCAGUUUGGUCAAUUUGAGGCACAUUUGUUUCCUAUCGAUUACUGUCCUCUGCUAGGGAGGAUUGGGCACCUAACUUCCCUUCAAACAUUACCUAUGUUUUCGGUAGGCAUAGAAGAAGGGGCUGGCAUUGAAGAACUGGGAGGCUUAUCUCAACUCAGAGGAGAAUUGGAGAUUCGGCAGCUUGACCAUGUUCGGUCCAUGUUAGAAGCCACUAAAGCAAAUCUAAAGGAAAAGACAGGAUUACGCCAGUUGAAACUGAGGUGGGGAAUUUUAAAGGGAACAGACUGGGCCAACAAGGAAGAGGUUCUAGAAGGUUUUCAGCCUCACACAAAUCUGAAAAGUUUAUCCAUUCAGGAUUAUGAAGGAAGGAGCUUUCCACCAUGGAUGAUGAGUGGUGGUGCUACAUUUUUGUCCAGUAACCUGGUGGAGUUGGACUUAGUUAAUUGGUAUAAUUGUGAACAUAUUCCUAGUUUGGGACUUUUGCCUAGUCUCAGGUCUCUUUAUAUUUGUAAUUUUAUAAUUGUAAAAAGAAUGGGUCAUAAGUUUGAUCCCACCAAAAGUAAUAGUCCAGGAGGAGUAGAAUCAAUCAAAUUGUUCCCAGCUUUGAGAGAACUCUACUUAACGGGCCUUGUAAGCUUAGAGGAAUGGAUUGAAGUAGACAAUGAUAUAGCAGCAGGAGGAAAAGUUGAGAUUGUGUUUCCUUGCCUUGAGAUUUUGCAAAUUGAGGAUUGUCCUCGGUUGAAAAUUUGGCAAAUGGGUGGAUUUUCAUCUUAUCAUAAGCUGUCUUAUAUGAGCAUUUUGGAGGAGUGUGUACGCUACCUCACUAGCUUAAAGGAGUUAGAGAUGAGUUACUGCUAUAACUUGGAGGAAUUCCCAGGACUCACUUACAUCCAUCAAUUGAACUCCUCCCUUGAAUCUUUAAUAUUACGUGGAUGGGAUAGAGUCAAGUCUUUGCCAGAUCAACUGCAACAUCUCACUGCCUUGAAAGAAUUGACUCUUUCAAAUUUCAACCAAGUGGAUGCUUUUCCAGAGGGGUUGGGAAACCUCACUUCUCUUCAACGACUUCACAUUUUUAAAUGCGGAAAUCUAAAGCAUCUGUUUCCACUCCAAGCCCUAAAAUCCCUUAUUGAGUUAAGGAUGGGUCCUUUCAGCUCAGAUUUGGAGGAGUUCCCAGGACUCGAUUGCAUCCUUCACCUUCAUGCUUCCCUGAAAGAUUUAACAUUGACAGGAUGGGAUAAAAUAAAGUUUCUGCCAAAUCAGCUUCGGCAUCUCACUGCACUCAAGUCAUUGACUAUAGAAGAAUUCAACAGAGUGGAAGUUUUACCAGACUGGUUAGGAAACCUCUCUUCUCUUCAAGAGCUGCGCAUUAUAAAAUGUCCUAGUUUAAAGAAAAGAUGCAUAAAAUAUAUAGAAGGCGUAAAAUAUGAAGGAGAGGAAUGGUCCAAGAUUUCCCACAUUCCCCAAGUCUUGAUAGAUUAUGAAACAAUCAAAUGGCACGAAAAGUAAAUUUGAAGCUUUUGGUUUCUUUGUACUCUCUAUUCUGCUUGUAUCUAGAAAAAGUGUUAGGAGGAGGAGAUGAAGAUUGUGAUGGUGAUUCUCAAUUCAAAAUUUAGGCUGUGAUUCUUCUUUUAAAUGCCUACUAUCUCAAGCAUGAUUGAGUCACACUCACCAUGUAUAAAAUUCAAGAUUGUUGUGUGAACAUCUUUUAGUUUUUGUAGGCUUGGCCGCUUGGCUCAAUUAGGACUUGUUUAGCAAUAAUAAAGAUUGUGAUUGUAA